AUGGAUGUACUUGAUCGGCUCCAAUCCGGGCUGUUCUUCCAUCAGCCCAGCAUCACAGACUCGGGGCUGAGCAUCAACCACCCUACACCCUUAUGGGCCCAAACUGUGUCCAACGUUGACUAUAACUAUGUUCAACCCCCAGACACUCAUCAUGCCCCUAGUCCAACCCACGCUCCAUCUCAUACUCGCCUAAUUCCACUACCACUGUUGAGCGUCUCGGUUGAUGUGGAUAUGCACGGAAGACUAUGCACCACAAAGGUCACCCAGCAAUUCAGCAACACUUCCUCUUCUACCGCACAAAAUGCGAAAUAUGUCUUCCCUACUUAUGAUGGUUCUGUCGUCACUACCUUUCGCUGCUGGAUUGGCAAUGACAGACUUCUCGAAGGAGCUGUGAAAGCUAAAGAAGAGGCACAGGCAGACUUUCAACACGCUGUCUCCCAGCACAAGGUAGCCGUAUUGGUUGAAGAACUGGCACCAGAAGUUUUGGAGACUAACGUGGGAAAUAUCCCUGGCCAGACGACGGUAAAGAUUGAGAUCAUCUACACCAACCUCCUGAAGGUAGACAAUAGUAGCGGAGGAUUGGUCUUCACGAUUCCGACAUCUAUCGCGCCGCGAUAUGGAGUAGCUCCGGAUGGGUAUAGUGUAAACCAGUCCUUACUCACUGAAGGCCUGCGAGUCAAAGUCCAAGCAUCAAUGCCGGCAGUCAUCCGCAAGAUUGAGUCGCCAUCGCAUCCAAUUUCAGUUGAGAUUGGGGCAGUUCCCCACCAUAGUUUUGAAAAUUUCGCUGCUGGAGCUUCAUCAGAGACAUUUGAUUUUUCGAAAGGACGCGCUACAUUAGCAGGCAGAUCGACAGCACUUGACCGGGAUUUCGUCCUACACAUACUGUGCAGCUCUCGGGAAUUGACAAAGUCGCAAGCUCUUGCUGCAACACAACCUGACCAACCCAGCCUCUCCACAGUUGCAGUGACAAUACACCCCGGAGAUUUGUUCCUGCAGAAUGUUGACAUGGAGGACUUCGACGGUGAGAUUAUCUUCAUGGCAGAUAGGUCUGGCUCGAUGCAUUCAAAGAUUCAUUCUCUGAUCAAUGUGAUGAAUAUUUUCUUGAGGAGCCUCCCUCAAAAAUGCUCAUUUAACAUCGCCUCGUUCGGCUCCAGCUUUGCAUGGUUGUGGCCUGCCUCGGAGAAAUACAACCAAGAGAACCUGGAUAUUGCAUCGCAACAUGUUGGAUCAUUUGAAGCAAAUUUUGGAGGUACCGAGAUCUAUUUGGCAUUACAAAGUGUGCUAGAUCACUACAAUAAAAGGAGUGACGUGGUAACUAGUGUGAUUCUGCUGACAGAUGGAGAAGUUUGGGAUGUGGACAAUGUGAUCCAGCUAGUGAGAAGAGCGGUGUCAAGGAGUGGGUCAAAUAUAAGAUUCUUCUCGAUCGGCAUUGGAGAUCGAGUCUCUCAUCGUUUGGUUGAGGGCAUUGGACAGCAGGGGGGCGGCUAUGCAGAAGUUGUACAUGAAUCUUUAAUGGGUUCAUGGCAGGAAAGAGUGAUACAGAUGUUGAAGGCAGCGUUAACACCAUCUCAUCUUCAAUGCGAAGUGGAUCUCGGCCAGGAAUUUACGACAAGGUCUUCUGAGAGGCAGAUUUCUGGAUAUACCGUACACUGCCCGGCAAUGAUCAAGGCUCCGCAUCAUAUACCUGUGCUGAAUACCUUCUCAUAUUUUACUCUCUACUACAUGUUGGAGAGCGAGUUAGAGUCGCUACCCGCAACUGUUACUGUGUCUGUAACAACUGACAAGGGAGAGAGGCUCACAGCACAGUUGCCACUGCGAAAGGUGACCGACCAAAUAGCCAUCCACCAUCUUGCGGCAAAGGCAUUGAUGAACGACUAUGAAACAGGACAAAGCUGGCUGGAUACUCUAAAUUCAAAUCUGAAGUCCACCAAUCCAGCAGCAUUUGACAAGAUUUUGGAGCAACAGGCACAACACCUUGGACAGAAAUGGUCCAUCACUGGCAAGUGGACGAGCUAUGUUGCCAUUGAUCGUACGAGUGCCCAGCACCACGAAAUAUCAGUCCGUAAAGUGAAUACUAUCGAUAUAUCUCAGCUAACCCGUCCACGGUAUACAUCCAGCUUCUCUCCCUGGCUCCCUAUCGAAUCCCCCAGCGUUAUGGCUACUCAAGCUACUGCCACCUACCCUCCCACCCAAAGUAAUAUCGACCGUGUACUCAGAGGCCCAACAAAAACGGGUAACCUUCGCAAUUAUGUACAAGGCGUGCAGACGCCGCACUGUACAAGUGCGAGAAGCAACAAUUGCUGGAACACCAUUCAGUCACUUCAAUCAUCGGCACCGCCGACACUAUCUGCACAGCAGUUCUAUGACGCACGGAAUAUAAAGCAUCCCGCGAAGAUAGCGGCCGCUGUUGAGAACGCAAACACAGCUGCUACUCCUACACCGAUUACUCCUCAGCAUACUCCUCAGCAUCCUCCUCAGCAUCCUAAUUCCUUCAACAAAAAUGUACCGACGGAUUCUAUGAAAACCACCCAGCAACAGCCUACUCCGGUUUUGGUACAUUCAAUUGUUCCACAGCAACCAGAUCCCAGCCCCUCAAAUUUUGAUGACUUUAGCAUGCCAGGUCCAUCUGGCUUCAAUUUUGAUUUCGGUGCUCUUGAAAACCCAGAUAUUCAAGAUUUCGAUUUUGACUCAUUCCUAAACACUGAUGGCGACACGACUGGUUUUAGAUCUGACCCGAGCAUCAGCUACUCUGCAGACGAUGUAGAGAAGGGUAGUGGGAUUCCUCCGUUUGAUUCCAAUGACGGCAGCCAAAGUCAAAACAAUAUUCAGCAAGAGUGCACAUCCCGACCUCUUCAGUUACCUCCUCAAAGUACUCAACCAGAGAGGGAUCAAGAGUACGGACGGACACGCCACUUUGUCGAACGUAGCAAUGAUCUUGCUACUGGAAGUAUUCCCCCCACCGAUUAUUGCGGACAACACGCAAGCCAACAAAGUUAUCACUUAGGGAGAUAUGCAUCUCUACCAGAACCAGCUCGACGAACCAAUGGCCGGCCCCCCCAAUCUAUUUCCUCCGCAGCCUACGAGGAAGAUUAUCACCAGAUAACUGAUCAGUCGCCGUGUGCUACCCAAGCAGCUAGUCUUCGUGCCAUUAAAGACUCCUCCGAACAGCCUAUAGAGGAAACACAGCCCUAUAUACAGGCGAAAGAAAUCCUUUCCCUAGAGAAAAUACUAUUUACGCAAGGGGCGGAUGGUAAGUUUCAUCUCGACGGCGUUGUGUUGAGCGAUGCCCUGAGUCAGCAAUGCGGGACCACGGUGCUAGAACUGUUCCUAGACUCCAUAUUUGAAGAUAAUGUGUCCACCCAAAGAGGUACAGACUUCAGAUUUCUUCACCUCAAUAUUCUUGCUGUCAUCUAUAUAACAGUCCAACACGCCGCUUCAAAGGACCUUUGGGAGCUCCAGGUAGCCAAGGCGCGUCAAUGGAUCAAGCAGAAGAUGACCGAGUUAUUGAAGGACAAGGGUGACCUAGAGAAACCACAAGAAAUAUCACUGGAAGAGCUGGAAAGGUCUAUUAUUAAAGAGCUGCAUGGAAAUGAUUUGUGA